AUGGUAUGUCGCGAAGCCGAUGGUGGUGACUGGUGGAUCCACCGGUUCGGCGUCCAUGCCUCAGCCCCCGGUCCUUGCUGCCCGGGCCUGGCUGGCUGCCCUGUCAUCAUCCAUGCAGAUACCUACCACAGUAGGUGGAAGGUGGGAUGGCAGCGGAACCGCUACAGCCACAGCCUUGCGCCUGCUGAUAAUCAGCCACUAUCAGAUUCGGGAACAUGGCGUAAAAACCAUGACGCUAGCCUCCAUAUACAAAUCUCAUUGGAAGUCGCCCCCACUUCCACUGGCUGGGCCUUUAUCAAUGUGGAUGCGAGAAACUUGAAUGCGAUGCGACAGCUGUACGCAUACUUUACGCAUGGAAUUGAGCGGGAUCAGCAAGGAGAAAUAGCAUGGCCAUCUACUGCGUACCUAGGCAUCCGCAUCCCCUCGAAGUUUCAACGUUCGUUAUCUCGCAGUUUCGAGGCCAGGACGCUGAAGCCCCUCUCCUUGGCCAGUCUUGUUUUUUCUUACUCCAUUUUCCUGGUCAACCAAACCCCCGGUCGCAAUCUCAAUCCGCCGCACUCAUGUUUCCCACUCUCGAAACACGGCAACGUCAUCGACGAACUCGCUGCCGGUUAUCUGCCGACCAGCAUGUCUACCUGGCUUGUUAGCAGGCCUCUUAUGCAAAUGUACGAAUCCACACGCAAAUCUCGACAUGGGUCCUGCCGUUAUGCUGCACCUCAAUUUGCGCACCCCUGCAUCUGUCGGCUCGCAAAUGGAGACGGCAUCAAGACUACGGACGUGGACACCAACUGGACCACACCUCACUCCUUCUGGAGCAAGCGUCUGGACCUUGGACAUUGCAUAGACCACUUGCGCCCUUUUUUCUUCUUCCUUUCUUGCUUGCUCUCCUAUUGCGCUGCCAAAUCUACCUUCUCGAAUUUGCUGCUGCUUGCCAAUUGUCCUUCAUCACAGCCGCACUCCUGCGGAUCCGUCCACGUCGCCUACUUUCAAACGUCGACCAUCCCGCACCAAGCGCACACUCGUUGCAGAUACCGCUCGCUGAUCAGUGACCCGAUUCGAGGAACCCUUCCCCCCGUCCGGGUUCUACUGUCGUUGGGAUUCUACCUCUCUCUGCUCCUCCCUCCGUUGGACCCGAGCCCGACUCUUCUAACUUGCAUCAUCUGCUCCUCCAGAACGCUGCACAUGCCAAAAUAUCUACUGCUGAAGCUGUCACUCGUUUGCGGUUGA